AUGACAUUGAAAGUGGCAUUUUUAGGCCCGGAAGGCACUUAUACUCACCAAGCAUUAAUACAACAAUUUGGCACUGAGUCAGAUGUUGAAAUAUAUUCACAGGCAGCCAUAUCUGACUGUUUUCAAGUACUCGACUCAAAAGAAGUCGACUAUGCAGUGGUUCCGUUUGAGAACUCAACUAAUGGACAGGUGGUGUAUACUUAUGACUUACUUAGAGAUUGGUACAUACCGUCGAGCCAGGACCAAAACAACGACGAGAACCAGCAUAUAGCUCCAAAAUUUAGAAUUGUUGGUGAACAAUUUGUUUCAAUUCACCAUAACUUUUUGUCUAAUGCCAAAACUUUGGAUGAUGUAACAACUAUAUAUUCACAUCCGCAAGUAUGGGGUCAAGUAACCAAAUUUUUAUCAAAGCAUAUUACCAAAAAGAUUAGUAAACUUGAUAGUGACUCAACCUCUAAGGCAGCAGAAAUUGUAAAUAAUGAUAAGUCUGGUACAAGUGCAUGUAUAUCUUCUAAGAUCAGUGCAGACUUAUACCAGUUACCAAUACUAUUUGAAAAUAUCGAAAAUUCUUCCAAUAAUACCACAAGGUUUUUGGUAUUGGGUUACGAUGAGAUUAAUUCACAUCCGCUAGGACCGGAGAAUGAUUCACAUCCAAAGGCAUACGUUACCUCGAUAAUUUUCACUUUGGAUCAUGAUGAUCCUGGGGCAUUAUGUGCCGUGUUGGACACAUUCAAGAAGAAUAACAUCAAUUUAACGUCAAUUAACUCCAGACCUUCACAUUUAAAGCAAUGGCAAUAUGUGUUCUUUGUAGAGCUAGUUGGAAGUAUAAAUGAUGAAAACGUAUCAGCCAGUAUAAAUAGCUUAAGUAGUAAUUGCUUAACGUUGGAGGUUCUAGGAUCGUUUCAAAGAUGUUGGAGGUAUUGGAGUGAACAGUAA